CUGCUGUUUUAAAGAAUUCUUGAGGAUCUGAAUUAUCAACCUGAAGCGAAUUCGUCGGCCAACGGAGGAGACUCAAUAUCAUGAGAGCAGCCCGUUACUGGAAGCCAUCUGUACAACUCCAAACUGCUGAACCAGCCAAGUCAAGAAAACCGAAAUCAACCCAAUCACUCCCUUCUCCUCCAUCCCGCUCUUCGCUUGCUUCUCUGGAAUUAAAACUACCAAAAAAUUAACAAGAAAACUCAGAAAAAGGGAGAGGAGGCAAACAAAAAAUGUGGCACAAUUGAAGUAGAUUACAUAAUUUAUCGGAAAACCACCUGAGAGGGAGAAAGGAGGAAAUAAUGGGGAACAAAAUCGCCAGAACCACACAGGUGUCGGCCUCCGAGUACUACCUGCACGACCUGCCUUCUUCCUACAAUCUGGUGCUGAAGGAGGUGCUCGGUCGAAGCCGAUUCUUCAAGUCGAUCCUCUGCAAGCACGACGAGGGGUUGGUGCUGGUUAAGGUCUACUUCAAGCGCGGCGACUUCAUCGAUCUCAGGGAGUAUGAGCGUCGUCUCGCCAAGAUCAAGGAUACCUUCUUCGCCGUUGAAAAUCCACAUGUCUGGCCCUUUCAGUUUUGGCAAGAAACAGAUAAAGCAGCUUAUUUAUUGAGACAAUACUUUUUCAAUAAUUUACACGAUCGAUUGAGUACUCGGCCUUUCCUUAGUCUUGUGGAGAAAAAAUGGCUCGCGUUUCAGUUACUUCUUGCUGUGAAGCAGUGCCAUGAACAAAAUAUCUGCCAUGGUGAUAUUAAGUGUGAGAAUGUGCUGGUCACUUCGUGGAAUUGGCUAUACCUUGCUGAUUUUGCCUCAUUCAAACCCACAUAUAUUCCCUAUGAUGAUCCCUCAGAUUUCUCAUUCUUCUUUGACACAGGAGGAAGAAGACUGUGUUAUCUAGCUCCAGAGAGAUUUUAUGAGCAUGGAGGAGAGAUGCAAGUAGCACAAGAUGCUCCUUUGAAACCAUCAAUGGACAUAUUUGCAGUUGGGUGUGUAAUAGCGGAGCUUUUCCUUGAGGGUCAGCCACUUUUUGAACUCUCUCAGCUUCUAGCUUAUCGCCGAGGACAAUAUGAUCCUAGCCAACAUCUUGAAAAGGCAAACUUCUCUUUCUCUCCCUUUUCUAUUUUAUAUUUUAUGCUUCAUGUUCCUGAUGAUCCAGAGGAGAGUGUCAGAAUUUGUUAUGCAAGCAACAUUGCUAAGCUUGCUUUAACUGCUUAUGGAUUUUUGAUUCACUCGAUACACUUGAGUAAGGCAGGGGUUCUUGAUGAAUUGAGUUUGCCACGGGAGUCCUUGGCUUCAUCUAAUGGAAAAAAUGGACAACUGCAGAGAUUAAAUGGUGAUGCGCAGCUUGCUCAGCUGCGAAAAUCCAUAGCUGAGGUUGUUCAAGAACUUGUGAUGGGACCAAAGCAAACUCCAAAUAUCAGGAGAGCACUCCUUCAGGACAUUGGUAAUCUGUGCUGCUUCUUUGGUCAGAGACAGAGUAAUGACUUUCUUUUACCCAUACUUCCCGCUUUCUUGAAUGAUCGAGAUGAACAGCUAAGGGCUGUAUUCUUUGAGAAAAUUGUGUAUGUUUGCUUUUUUGUGGGCCAAAGAAGUGUGGAAGAAUAUCUUUUACCUUAUAUUGAGCAGGCUUUAAGUGAUAUAACAGAGGCUGUAAUUGCUAAUGCAUUGGAUUGUUUGGCCAUUCUGUGCACGAGUGGUUUCUUGCGGAAACGAAUACUCCUUGAGAUGAUAGAACGUGCUUUUCCUUUGUUAUGUUAUCCAAGUCAAUGGGUAAGAAGGUCAGCUGUCACUUUCAUUGCUGCUAGCAGUGAGAGCUUAGGUGCAGUUGAUUCAUAUGUUUUUCUUGCCCCAGUUAUACGCCCUUUCCUUCGCAGACAACCUGCAUCUCUUGCCUCUGAAAAGACUCUCUUUUCAUGUUUAAAACCUCCAGUUUCAAGACAAGUAUUUUACCAAGUCUUGGAAAAUGUCAGGAGUUCAGACAUGUUAGAAAGACAGAGAAAAAUAUGGUAUAAUUCAUCGGCACAAUCAAAACAAUGGGAAACUAUGGAUUUACUAAAGAAGGAGCCAGGGGAACUAAGCUCAGCGACAAGCUGGUCUGAUAAGCAACCAAGCCUUGAGGAUCGAGGACCUCCUGGGAGUGCAUUAGAGCAAGAUUUAACUGAAUCUGGUGAGAAUACAAAUAAGCUAAGACCAAUGGGAAGCCUUAUAUGCAAAGCUUCUACUGCACUUGACCUUAAUGAUCCCCUGUGUUCGGAGAAAUUACAGUUUUCAUGCUUCAUGUCUCCACAGGUUACCGGUGUAAAUAGUUUGUUAUGUGAUAAAUCAUCCGAAGGCAUUCCUUUGUACUCUUUUAGCCUUGACAAAAGGACAGUGGGAAUUCCUCCUGUAGCUUCUGAGUCUUCAUUGCUGAUGAAUUCCCUAGGAAUUGGUUCAUUAUCCAUGCCAUGGAUGGAUCCACUAAACAAAUCAUUUAGUUUGGCUAGCUCAGUUCCAGCUCCCAAGCUUAUUUCUGGCUCAUUCACUGUAGGUACUGGUUCUAAACAGUUCCAUAGAGUGGUUCACGAACCUGAUGGAAGGGAAGGUGAGAUGGCCUCUAUUAAUGGUAAAUUUCAAGAUAUGGCAGUAUCUGGAACAAUAAGAGGAAAUUCCGUAACUGGGGAAGAUAUUUCUGCUCCAAUAGAACUUACAGGAGUGCCAUCUUUUGCACGCACAUUGUCGGUGCCAGAUUCAGGCUGGAGGCCUCGUGGAGUGUUAGUUGCACACCUCCAAGAGCACCGUUCUUCUGUUAAUGAUAUUGCAGUUUCAAAUGAUCAUAGCUUUUUUGUGAGUGCCUCUGAUGAUUCAACAGUGAAGGUGUGGGAUUCAAGGAAGUUGGAAAAGGACAUAUCAUUUAGAUCAAGGCUAACUUAUCACUUGGAGGGAAGUCGAGCACUAUGUGCUACAAUGCUUCGGAAUUCUGCUCAAGUGGUUAUUGGAGCUUGUGAUGGCAUGAUUCAUACAUUUUCUGUUGAUUAUAUCUCCAAAGGUCUAGGGAACAUUGUUGAGAAGUAUUCAGGUAUUGCAGAUAUUAAAAAGAAGGAUAUCGGAGAGGGUGCAAUACUUACCCUCUUAAAUUAUCCUACUGAGAAUUGCUCCAGUCAGAUGGUAAUGUAUAGUACCCAAAACUGUGGAAUCCAUCUUUGGGACAUCAGGUCAAAUUCUGAUGCAUGGAAAUUACAAGCAGUUCCUGAGGAAGGCUAUGUAUCUUCCUUGGUGAUUGGUCCUUGUGGGAAUUGGUUUGUCUCAGGAUCAUCUAGAGGUGUGCUUACUCUUUGGGAUAUGAGGUUCCUUGUCCCUGUAAAGUCCUGGCAAUAUUCUAUUGUUUGUCCUAUAGAGAAGAUGUGCCUCUUUGUUCCUUCUUUAAAUGGCACCAUAUCGACGGUGGCAAGGCCUCUUAUUUUUGUUGCUGCUGGUUGCAAUGAAGUUUCACUUUGGAAUGCGGAGAACGGGAGCUGUCAUCAGGUACUACGGGUAGCGAACUAUGAAAAUGAUGCUGAAAUUUCUGAUUUGCCAUGGUCCUUGGCAAGGCCAUCUGGUAAGUCAAGUUCUAAAGCAGAUUUGAGGCGGAAUAUAAAUUCAAGGUACAGAGUUGAUGAGCUGAAUGAACCUCCGUCACGUCUGCCCGGCAUCCGUUCAUUACUUCCUUUACCUGGGGGUGAUCUACUGACGGGGGGUACUGAUUUGAAGAUUCGUCGAUGGGACCAUUACAGCCCUGAAAAAAGUUACUGUCUCUGUGGGCCGAACUUAAAGGGAGUUGGGAAUGACGAUUUCUAUGAAACAAGAUCUAAUUUUGGGGUGCAAGUUGUGCAGGAGACAAAGAGGCGACCUCUGACAACUAAAUUAUCGGCAAAAGCUGUUCUAGCAGCAGCUGUAACUGAUUCUGCUGGUUGCCACCGUGAUUCCAUCCUCUCAUUGGCUUCUGUCAAAUUGAACCAGAGGCUGUUGAUAUCUAGCAGUAGAGAUGGGGCUAUUAAGGUUUGGAAGUAAAUGAGUUAAGCAUACAACUGCUCUACGGUACAUAUUAGUGCUAUUGGUUGUUGAAAUUGUAUAUAGCAUGUUAAGACUAGAAGGUCAACCUUUUGUUUAGGUAUAUAUCAUAAUCCUGGCUGUGCUGAUGCUUGAUUUAUACCGCAAGUUAGCUUGUAGAAAUACAUAGGAAUUUAUCUAGUUUUAUGCUGUUCUAUUUUAGCAAUCAAUUUAUCAGUUUAAAAAUUAUCUGGUACUAGUGAUGUUAAAAGACUUUAUCAUGAAGAAAAUUCAUGUAGUAUUUUGACUGCAA